UCACGCCAACUGAUGUGAACCGAGCCAGCACCAGUAUACAGUUUUCUACCACGUCGCGCUUAUUUUUUCUUUCCGUUUAUUUUCCGAUUUUUGUUAUCAGUAUUUAAAUAUCAAUUAGAUUAGACGCCGUAGUUGUUUGUACUUUAUUUUGAAAGACAAUUUUUUAUUGUCUCAUUUUCGGUCAGUUCCUACCGUCUAUUUUGUGGUAGAUGGUAUAUCGGUAGUACCAAACAUUUUUGAUGCUCGCGGAACUAGUGCUUUAAAUCGCCGUCCAAGUAGACUUCAGUACAAUUGUUUAGUUCUUGCUGUGUUGGGGUUUCUGCAUUUUUCAGAGACUUUACAAAAAGGAUAUCAGAAGGCUUAAAAGUGACGUUGUUUUGUGUGCCUCGUCAGAAAAAGUCAUCUCAGAACGAAGGCCGUGAUGGGAUGAUCGGUUUGCAAGAGUGCGGACCAGCGCCGCCGAGGGCGCCAAUUUCAACGAAUAGAACUAGAGAUAGAACAGCUCAAGCUGUCGAUUAUUAUAACACCCAUGUGCACAGGGCUUGGGCCAACGCAGGACUUUCGGCAUCGAGAUCAUCAUUUAACGAUAGACAUCAUCAUUCAACUGGUCGGAAAUCAAAUCAAACAGAAUCUCUGUGCAGGAGUAAUUCCAGUCUUGAACUAUUAGAUCAGAACGGAAAACCCUUUAAAACCAGCAGCCCUACACUUAAAAGGGAAUACGGCAGUCACGGAUCUAUUGAUGUUAUUGAUCGACCUCCUGGAGUGCAAGGCAAGAAUGAAUUCUUCGAGAUGCUUCAAGAUUACAGACCGGCUGUCCUAGGUGGAACAGAUCAAAGAAGCCCGGGACCAUCCGAAUAUCUUCGAGGAAAAGUGGACUCAGAAGAUCAGACCGACGGAAACUCUCAUGGAGGAAGUUAUCCUCAAAGCCCAAAAUUGCGGUCCAAACUAACGAGAUUUUGGGGAAAUACCGGCAAUGUCACCACUAACGGUAUUAACGGAAAUAACAGCAGCAUGGUAAAAUCCCAACGUCAAACCAUGGAUGAUAGCCUUGUGAGUAGUUCUACAAACAACGUGGUGUAUUCUCAGGAAGCAGAAGAAAUUGCGAGAAGGCGAGCCUUUGCCCAUUACGACUGUCAAUCUUUGACGACGAACCUUAAUUAUGCGGUACGAUUACGAAGAAAUCAUUUGGCCAAAAGAAGAAACACUACCACGGGGGCAUCCGCAGCGUCUAUGUUAAUCAGGUCGUCAACACCGGAUGGUGAAGGUGACGACGAUGGGGGUGAUGGUCAAUCAAACGAGUUGGUCGAAAGUUGCCCGUUCUUUCGCAAUGAAAUUGGUGGCGAAGAGGAACGAAUUGUGAGUCUUUCCAGGCUGCAAAACGGAACCAAAAACCAUAGAAAACCUCUGCAUAGGCCACAGCUGGCGUAUGGUGUGGCUAUAUUGGAAUUUCCUCCAGGUGAAACUCAUUGGCGGCAUUCCACAUGUCCUUAUCAAAGGUUCCCGAGGCCCAUCGAAAAUGUUGAUCAAGGAGCUCUGUAUUAUCGAAAACACUUUUCAGGACAAGAACAUCAGAACUGGUUUGGAAUGGACGAGCAGCUCGGACCUGUGGCUAUUUCAAUAAAGCGAGAAAAAGUUAUACAUCCUGAGAACCAAUUGACUACUACCCUUACGCAGUACCAGUAUAGAUUGGUGGUUCGUACGUCCGAGCUGCAAACUUUAAGAGGGGCAGUAUUGGAAGAUGCAAUUCCCAAUAUUAAAGCCUCGAAUAACCCUAAGACUUUAAAUACCAAAGAAGUGCUCGAGUAUGUUGCACCAGAAGUUCAACUUAGUUGUCUUAGAUUAGGUUUACAAAAUCAGACCACUGUAGAUCAGUUACUAAAACUAGAUGAGCAGGGCUUAACAAACAAUUAUAAGGUGGGCAUAAUGUAUUGUAAGGCAGGGCAAUCAUCUGAAGAGGAAAUGUAUAACAAUGAAGAUGCGGGUCCAGCAUUCACUGAAUUUUUAGAAACUAUAGGCAAAAAAGUGAAAUUGCAAGGUUUUGAUAAAUACAAAGCAGGCCUAGAUACCAAAGCGGAUUCCACUGGUUUUUACUCGGUAUAUGCACAGUAUCAAGAUUGUGAAAUAAUGUUCCAUGUGUCAACAAUGUUGCCGUUUACUUCAAGCAAUCGACAACAACUGUUAAGAAAGAGGCAUAUUGGGAACGAUAUUGUCACAAUCGUAUUUCAGGAACCAGGAGCGCAACCGUUUACACCUAAAGGAAUACGAUCUCAAUUUCAACACGUAUUUAUUGUUGUUAACGCAUUGAAUCCGUGUACCGAAAAUACGCAUUACAAAAUUGCGGUCUCUAGAUCAAAAGAUGUUGAAGUUUUCGGGCCACCCAUAAAAGAAAGUGCAGUUUUUCCGAAAGGAAAAGCAUUUGCAGAAUUUCUCUUGGCGAAGGUGGUAAAUGCUGAAAAUGCUGCUCAUAGAUCUGAAAAAUUUGUUACCAUGGCCACACGAACACGGCAAGAAUACUUGAAAGAUCUAGUCUCACACUAUUCCACUAACACUCCAGUCGAUACAGGCCAAAAAUUUUGCUAUAUUUCAGCGAUAUUCAGCAGCAAAAAAAAGGACAAGUUACGCCCAAGGUUCAUUCCAGAUUUAUGUCAAAGAGGAGCCAUUCUAUGGCAAGUUUUAUUGGACGACAGCGGUCAAGGGCAGCAAAUUGAAUGUUUCCUAGGUAUUUCUUCUGAUUCGUUCGUGCUAAUUGAAGAGCAAACUCGCCAAAUAGUAUUUGUAACUCCCUGUAAAAGCAUACUAGGGUGGUCACCGCAGACGAACAGCUUGAGAAUAUACCAUCAUCAAGGAGAAUGUAUGAUAAUACACAUGCGGGACACGCAUGGCGAUACAGAUGAGCUGGUUGAAAUCAUGAGUAGAUUAGAAGCUGUGACAAACGGACUUAAAGCCAAAGAAUUCUCUAUUAGUCGUAAUAUAAUGGGUCAGUUAGGCUUCCACGUGCAGCCAGAUGGUAUUGUAACUUUAGUAGAAAAUCAAGGACAAGCUUGGCAAGCGGGUUUAAGGCAAAAUUCUAGAUUGGUUGAGAUAUGCAAGGUGGCUGUUGCAACCCUGACUUAUGAUCAAAUGGUUGAUCUUCUUAAAACCUCUUUGACUGUAACUUUGACUGUGAUACUUCCUUUACCUGACGGAUAUCCUAGAAAAGGCUGUACCUUACAAAACUGUAAAUAUAACGAGGCUCACUAUGAUGGUGAUUACGAUAACAUGACAAAUGGGAGUGAAGAAAACACGAAGUCGCGACGGGCGCCUCCAAUGCAAGCUGUGUCUGGGAAUCAUCGUCGUGUGUAUGAAAGAAGUUUUUCACCACCAAGAAGUAGCAAUAGUUCUGGAUAUGGUACUGGAAGUAGUAGCAAGUCAUUUUAUGCCCAGGAAAAUAGAUAUCACGGCAACACUGCAGAGAAUACUUUGACGAAUUCCUCGAGUGCUCAGUUCAACGAAGACAAAAAAUGGUACGAACUUUUGCAGGAUUUUGAGCCACCUCCAAUACCUUCGAAAAGCAGCAAUUCUCGAACUUCUCAACAUACUAACAAUACGUUUCCCUGCUCACCAAAGCGACUCAAUCAUCACCAGGAAUUUAGAGUAUCCAAAGAUGAAACAUUACCUUCACCAAGUAAAAACAAGGUUGGAUUGCCAUUUCCGGAUAAUUUUCCUUUGCCAGAAGAUUCCGACUGGCCCAGUCUGGUUGAUACAGCAACGAAAGUUAUGAUGCAGGUCGGAUCUAUACCAGAGGAGGAAAAAGAUCGAAAUGUACGAAAUUGGGAAGAAGAGCUAAUUGGAAUUAACAGGAUUGAUCAGCAUUUAUCUAGCUCAUACUCGAGUAUUCCAGAUCAAACGAAGCAUGUAGCAGAACUCAACAGAAAAAUACAAACUUUGGAACGAGAAAAUAGACGUUUGAGAGAUGAGAAUAGAAAAGCGCAGGAUCAAGCACAAGCUGCAGUGUUGCAGUUGAGGAAAUUUACCGAGUGGUUUUUCAAAAACGUAAAACGACAAUGAAAGUAUUAAGUUGCAAUUUACGGAAACCAGUAGUUUGACAGGUCUGAUAAUGUGUUCAAUCUUAAUAGAACCAAAUAUGAUGUAAUCAAUCCUUUCCUUAGAAGAAAUGUACUAAUAAUACCUUCAAUUUCGCCCAAUUUUUUGGCAAAAAAGAUAUUGUAGCGUGUCACAUAGCCAAAUUGUAAAUGUAUUUUUAUACGAAUACUUUAAUUAGCAUUUUUUUCGAACAUUAAACAAAGUGUCUGAUAAUUUGUAAACUUAUUCAGUAAAUUUUAUGUGUAUUCUGACGGAUGUUUGAAUUUGUCCAAAAUAAAUUGAACACUAUUCUCUCCCUUUUGCAUAUUUGCAAAAACCUAUAGCUUUAAACUUAAAAAAUACUGAUCAAGAAGUAUUUGCAAUGAUGCAUAUAUAAGUUUUCAAAAUAGUAGCUUAUCACUUUUAAAAACUAUGUUACUUUAAGUAUACUGCAAAAUUAAUUUUUAGAUAUUAUUUAUUUUUAUCGCGCUGUAAGUAUUACAUAGAACAUUGAGAAGUUACCAUAAUCUUGUAAUAGUUGUAGUUUGGUAUUAAUAUUAUUUAAAACCUUAACCGCGGUUUGUUUGUAAACGGAUUUUAAAAAUUUUGAACGCUAUAAGCCCGAUUAACAGGAAAGUUAUUACACGAAUCACGUAUAACGAAAUCAAAUAUAAGUUAUGAGAAAUCUGAAAACUAAAUUAAAACUUUCGGUUUUCAACAAAUCUUGAAUAGCUCGUUAGGCGAGUGCAAUAAAAUAUUGCUGUUUGAAAUAAAUAUUAUUAAUCAUAUGAUGCUUGAAUUUAUUUCAACGAUUUUCUAGUAACUGAAUGAAAGUUUUACAAUACAUUGUGUUAUUUAAACGGUUUUUGUAUAUACAAAUUUAAUGACAUGACAAGUGGUGCCUUGAUAUAAUUUAAACUGGCAUGCAACGUUAUGUUGUAACCUGUUUCUGAAAUGUACAAGUUUUUGUUAAAGCAUUAUCGGAUGUGCCCAAAACAUACGAAAACACUCUUAUAGAAGCGGUCGCGAGUUUUGCCGAGUUAAUUUGGAAGAAAUAUAUAAAGUUUUCAACCCACUUAUUAUAUUAAGUACAUCACGUCUACUUUGUUUUUUUUAAUUAAUUAAUAUUUAAAAAAUACUUUUUUAAAGCACUAUCAAUAUUAAUCACGUUCAGCUCCUAGUCGCAGCUAAUCAUAUUGAAUUUUAAUCUGCAGGUUUACAUACUUUUCGUUAUUUAAUCUAAGCAUGUCAUUCUACUGUUUAAGUAUAUACACCAUAUAUCGGGAUAGUUGGGACAACGUAUCGAAAGUACAAUUUGGAUAAUUAUAUAAGAAUUCUCAAGUGUUGAUAAUAAUUGUUAACUGGUUUAUUACAUGUUCUGUUCAUAAAAUUCCCUCACUUUAUUUCGAAUUCUAAUCAUGCCUCUUAUUCAGGAUAUCUAUCUGAUUUUACUCUAUCCGAUUGGUAUGUGAAGUCACUGCAGGUAAAAAAUACUCAAGUGGCGUUACUAGAAGAUUUUGGACGAAUAAGUCGAUUUUCGUUUGGAUUGAAUCGAUUUUGUCCAAGAGCCCAAACCAUUUAAAUUUGGAGAAUCUAUUAAAAUUUAUUUUCUAUGAAUCGGCUUCAGCUUUACGUUCCGAAAAGGACGGUCACUUUAAAAAACGAAAUCCCAAUUUAGAAGUAGCUAUUUGAAUUACGAUUAUUUUGUUAAGUAUUAGUUAAAAUAAAUAUUUAUUUUAAAUUAAUAUCCAACCACAAGUGGCAGAAUAUCCAUUUAAGAAUUGAUGCAACAAUAAUAAACCUUUAAUGUUAAGUUAUGACUGUAUGUACAACUGCUAUAUUUCAGCUAUUGAAUUAGUUACAGCAUUACUGUUAUUAAGUUUUUAGUGUUAUAUUUGUCUGUGACCUGUUUAGAUGCCUUUAAAUCGGAUCUAUUUUAUGAAGUAUUAAAUUGUAGUUUUUUAUAGAAAUAUAUUUGUUGUAAAUAAAACUAAAACUGACAGCGUA